AUAAUUAAUUCCAAGAAACUACGUAGACAUAAUCGAACCAAGCCAACUGAUCAGUCGUCACAAAGCAACCAUGCUCAUCCAACUCCAACAGAUAAGAGUGAUGGUGAACUCACCGUACGAAAUCCAACUCCUGAAAAUAUACAAAACAAUCAUUGGGAUGAAACAGGCAAACUAGAAACAAAUCAACCCUUUUCAACAAUGACUGUCACCAACAACAGUAAUAAUAAUAGUAAUCAUGAUAAAUCAUUGCCUCAGUCGAUCAAUUGUAUCACCACUCCAACUACUACUACUACUCAUCAAGAAUUGUCACAUAAUAAAAAUUCACAUUUAACUACUUGGAAUCCAGAAAAUCUACGACCUAUAUCUGAUUUAGCUACAUAUACAGUGAAAUCGAAUUCAUCAUUAUCUAUGACUAGACCAUGUUCACAUACAGAAUCAAUCACAAAUACUAACAGUGAAGAAUUGUCAUCAUGUCAUGUUAG